GUCAGGUGACCUUUCUUCAGAGGACGCAACAAUGCGCCAUGACCAAUCGCGUCCUCCUGUUCCCGGCGGGUGUGGAUCCGGGUAGGCGGGGCCCGUCGUUCCGAAUGUCAUCAUCAAAUUCAAACCAAUUCGCACAGUCCGGGAGCUGCGUGAUGUUGGUCUGAGGGUCACUGAGAGCGCGAAAACUCGGCUCGAGUCCGAAAAUCUGCGGCCUUUGGCGCUCCCUGAGAGGCAGCGAGCAGCUGGGGCCUGACCCUGGCCGGAGUCGGAGUCAGCGGAGAGGAGCUGGGGCCCCCCCGAUUCGAUCCAGGUCGCAGGGUGUAGUCGGGGUCCGAUUCGAUCCGGGCCGGAGGCCGCGGACAGGAGCCUGGGGUUUGUCGCUUGUACGAGGCAGAGAGACGCCUCGGGUUUGCCCUGGGUUGAGCCAGGCUUCUUUUCACAAUGUCCAUCUUCACUCCCACGAACCAGAUCCGCCUGACCAAUGUGGCGAUAGUGCGAAUGAAGAAAGCGGGGAAACGCUUUGAAAUCGCCUGCUAUAAGAACAAGGUGAUGAGCUGGAGGAGCGGAGCUGAAAAGGAUCUCGAUGAAGUUCUUCAGACUCACACCGUAUUUACAAAUGUAUCAAAAGGACAGGUGGCAAAGAAAGAUGAUUGUAUUGCAGCAUUUCAGACAGAUGAUCUGACAGAAAUAUGUAAACAGAUUCUAGCGAAGGGCGAAUUGCAAGUAUCUGAUAAGGAACGACAUGCACAGCUUGAACAGAUGUUCAGAGAUAUAGCAACUAUAGUAGUAGAGAAGUGCGUCAACCCUGAAACUAAGAGACCUUACACCGUAAACCUGAUUGAGAGAGCCAUGAAGGAUAUCCACUAUUCUGUGAAAGCCAACAGGAGUACAAAACAGCAGGCACUGGAAGUCAUAAGAUUGCUAAAGGACAGUAUGAAGAUUGAACGUGCUCAAAUGAGACUCCGGCUCAGGCUCCCAGUAAAGGAUGGAAAGCGUCUUAAGGAAAAGUUGAAGCCAUUGAUUAAAGUGAUGGAAAGUGAAGAAUUUGCUGAAGAUUUAGAUAUUGUGUGUUUGAUUGAUCCUGGUUGCUUCAGAGAAAUUGAUGAACUAAUCCGACGUGAAACAAAGGGAAAGGCUUCCCUGGAGGUUCUCAGCUUAAGAGAGGUGGAAGAAGGAGAUGAGAAACUUGAAUAAAUAUGAGAGCCCUACUCAUCCAACUCAAUAAACUUAGGUCACACAGCUGUGUUAAGUUUCCUUAAACUAUGUUUGUACCAGUAAGUAUUCACUUGUACACGGUGACCAUAUUUCUUCAGCAGAAACUCUGAAUUAGUGAAUUAAAUGGCAAUUACACUUUUUUUGCCCUGAACCAGUUAACUUUUUUUCUGAAACGUAAUUAUUUAAUUAAAAUAUGUAUUGAAUCCCGGAA